GAAUAGCAGCUAUAAGAAAAUAUCCUUAUCUCAAAGACCGAAAAGAUGUCAGUAGUUUCAGGUGUCAUCUGUUAGAACCAGGCAGGUAAACACUAAAUAGUAAACACUCUCUGCAAACACUGAGCUCAGAGAGUUGCAGCCUCCCAGAUGGAAAUCAAGAUCCCAGAACAGAACUCUCGUGUGUCUGUGUGGUAUUAUUUCCAAAGAACAUGACUGAUCUAUGCACUCUGUGUGUCUCCCAUAUCCUGACAGAACCCUAGUUAGGGUGUGCUCCCUACCAGACACCACCCUCCGUUUUUCACUUGGAUUCUCCCACACUGAUGCUUUCACCCACUCAGAUCCAAAACAGAGAAUAUGGAUGUUAUCCGUUAAGCAGGUCAGGAACGCCAAGUCCCUGUGAUCAGCAAACCCCUCUGAGCCCAUGCAGCAUUGCUCUGAUAGAUCACAUUGAUGCACAAAUGAAGGAGAAAGCAGAGGUGGUAUUUCAUUUAUGUAACUUUUCUAAACUUGCGAAGCAUUCAAUAAGGUAUUUAGUAUUCCUGUGCUGCUGAAAGCAGUUCUCUUUCUAAACUCAAAGUACCUGUGACUUUCCUCUCCUUGUCUAACAAACUUGAAAGUCACUGUUCAUCCCCAGGGAUUCUUAGAGAUGUACAUGGAGAAGUCCCAAGAAGGGGGUGAGCAUCAGAAAACCCAUCUUUCCCCAGCUAUUCUGACUGGUGCAGUUACCUAUAAAGUCGUGCCCUUAAACCAUGAUUACCACAAAUUUAUUCUCUACAGGUGUCAUGUGAGAAGUUCAGCUCACUCAAAUAGCUGGGAUGAAGGGUGCAAUGUAAAUAUUGCUUAACAUAAACCUGGAUCCUUAGUGGCUCCCCAAGAUGCCGCUGGCACUGGACUGGGUGUGGCUCCGUGUCGGACUUCUGCAGCCUCCCCGAUGUGCCAACAGCACGGGCAGGGUGCCCCAAAGGGUCAUCUCAUCACCAGGACCGCUCGGCCGAGACACUCCCCAGCCCAACUGAGCACCACAAGCCAAUCACCUACACCCCGAAGCAUCUCGGUCAACUACAGCAACACCUCCUCUCCUCAGCCCUGCCCCUACCCGGCAUCUUCCUCCACCUCGGUGCCCCGGGGUGUAUGCAGAAUACUUUUGUGGAAACAACUAACUAGAAAUCUUAACAAAGGAAUAUAUUUGGCAAUAAUGAAUCAAACGGACAAAAAUCAACAGGAAGUCCCAUCCAGUGUUCAUGAUGAACCACCAGAAGGGUCACUCAAAGACCACCCGCAGCAGCAGGCUGGCAUGCUUUCUCGUGUGACUGGUGGCCUCUUCAGUGUCACAAAAGGAGCUGUUGGUGCCACGAUUGGAGGUGUUGCUUGGAUUGGAGGGAAGAGCUUGGAAAUUACCAAAACAGCCGUCACAUCUGUGCCUUCUGUGGGAGUGGGUCUAGUCAAAGGAAGUGUUUCUGCUGUAGCUGGAGGUGUUACAGCUGUAGGAUCUGCUGUUGCAAGUAAAGUGCCUUUAACAGGAAAGAAAAAGGACAAGUCUGACUAAAACCAAAACUGAGACAUACUCAAUUCUCCAGAAUAUUGCAUCAGUGGCAUUAAAAUCUGCUAAGAUUGGGACCAUGAGAAGCCAUGUGUCUUAGACACUUUAUCUUCUAACAAGUUGUGCAAGUAACUUAAUUUCAUCUGAAAAGGACAGAAGAAGCUUGGCUAGCACAGCGUAUGAGGAUUUAUUAGAGCCUAGAUUGAAGCUUUGUAUCUGGUGAAAUGUUACACUUGAUAACUAUAGAAGUGAGUGUAUCUGAAGGAAUAAUACAUAUUUGAAUAGUCAUUUACUGUACAUCUGCAGUUUUGGACUAAAAUGUGAAUGUAGAAACUCAGUAGUCUCUGUGAUGCCAUCGAUACAAUGAGAUGACAAUUAUUGUUCUCAGUGGUUUCCACAUCCUCCUGCUAAGUAUCCUUCAGCUGUGUGAAAGCACUGUUGGACAUACCCAGUCUUGGUUAUGAACUUGCAGGCAGCCUGUAAACCAUCCCUGACUGCAUUCUGCCAGUGAAGACUGGAGCAAAGAGACUGGAGGUGUGCAGAAUUUGGAAAUGAGAAUGGGAGAUAGAACUGAAAAAGUUUAACAAUGUGGUAGAAAGGAUCAUAAAGAGUAAACUAACUUGAAUAUUAGAAGAAAAUCUCUUUUUACUAGGUGAAGCUGUGUAAAGAACUGUCCUGUUGUUUCAGUGCAGUUUACAGAAUGAGCUUUAGGCUCUUUAUAAAUCCUGAUAUCUGAAACUUUCUCAGUUUUUACUGAAAACAUGAUUGCUUCAUCUCAGGUGUAUUUAAUAAUAUGCAUGUAUCUCCCAGAAGUGAGAACUUGCUUCUAAUAAACUUCUUAUAGACACUAGAAAAAAUGAUAGCCUGUAGAAAAUGGGCUGAUGUUUGUGGUCAUCUAGCACAGCUGUCUAACUUGCUAGGAAUUCUUAUGUAGCUGGAAACCACUGAAGAACUAGCAAAGCCGUUCUCAACUCUGUGAUACACCAGGUCAGCUUUUUGCUCUGUUUAAGCAAAUGCAAGGAAAUUUUCACUACAUUUCUUGUACUUUUCACCUUGAUUUUUGAGUAAAAUGCAAUACUUUUAUUUAAAACAAACCAAAAACAGUAGAUGAGGCCUUAAAAAAAAGGCAACAUGAUUCAAGUAAUUUGUAUACUGACAGAUUCCAAAUGUUAACACCUCAAAUGGGAACACCUGUACAUCCUCUGCAGCGUGUGAGGCAAAAUGCACUUGUAAUGACACAGCGUGAGGUUGCCUUAAAAUAGAAACCAUUUGUGAUCUUUUGCGUACUGAUUUUGAAAAUAAGUAAUCUCUUUGGAAGCCCAUGGGAGGCAUCUGUUCAUGGUGUGUAUGCAGUAUUUUCUAAAAACUUUUGUUUCUAUGGAGAACUUGACACUUUUUCAGUGGCUGUGGUUGCACUAGGUGAUUAUAUGGGGGGAAAUUUUUAAAAAUGAAAAAACCCAAAACAUAUCACUUGUCAAACUUACUCCUGUUCACAGGUGUUGAAAGUACACCUUGUCUCAAUUAUGGUAUUGUAGUCACCAAUCUCUCUGAGCCAUUGGUACUUCAACUGGACUCUGUAACAACUUUAUUUUAUAUCAGAAAUUGUAUAUGUUGGAAGCUUGAUACUUGUAAGCAUGGAACUUGGGGUGGUGGGGAGAGCAAAAACCCAAGAAAUUACAUCUGCUCCUUCUGUUAGAUACACCAGCUGCUUGGUUCUGUUCUGCUGCUGGGGUGUAAUGAGGUAAGUUGAUGCAACAAAUGGAAGACUUUAACUAUUUUUUAUAGUCAAAAGCAAAUUGCAUAGAAUAUAGUAUUUCUUAGAGGUACCAGUUGGCUCUAGAAAUGAGUUAGCCUGGAUAUCAGAGGCAAUUUUGCUGCAGCAUAUAAUUAUUAUUUAGUAUGGUCUGCUCCCCUGCAUUUUCCAGUGUAGCAGUAUACCCCAAGUGCUGCCACUGAACUCUUCAGGAGUCACCUUUUUGGAGCACUGUGAUAAUUUGUGACACUCAACCAAAUUCUUCUUAAUAGUUUUUCUGUAAAUGGGAAUGUUGAACUGGUCAUACCUGUUUUUUAAAUUCUUUAAUUUUAAACUAUGAAACUUGCAGCAAAACAAGCAUGGUCUGAGAUAAAAAAUGUUAAGUAUGUAAGGAGUUGCCAACACUCCAUUAUGUUUUGUUCUUAACAUAUCCUGUAGCUAUUAUUUUGAGUCGUGUAAACCGAAACUUUUACAUAGCAUAUGGGUUUAGUUUUCAAAGAGCUUUGUCCUGUAUCCUGUGUGUUUUCCAUUCACUUAUGAAACUUGCUUCGUCUUAAAAACUUGUUCCAGUUCUGUCCUAGCACCUGUGAAACAUUAAAUUGUUGCUGUUUCAAA